UUUUUUUUUGCUUCGUUCUCGCUUUCUAUCUAUUUAUCUAACUCUCCUGGUUCUGCCCGUUAAUCGAGCAUAUUUAACUUGUUAACUUGGAACAUUGAAAACCAACUUAUUGCCUAUUUUGGUAUAGAACGCCUCAUACGGCCCAUCUCCAGUACUGGACAUACAGACUGUUGAGGAAUAAGUGAUCUACAACGUCGUCAACGUUCAAAAGAAAACGCGCUGAGACUCUCCUUGGAGAAAGGAGACAAAGAGACACAGGCAAUGGGCCAUGAGAAGGACAACGACGCCGUGAAAGACAUCCAUGUUCUUUCGUUCUGGAUCUCCUUCACCGUCGUCUCCAUACUGUGCAUCCUACUCUUCGUUCAACGUAUCAGACGACGACAUCUGGGUUGGUACGCACCGCCAGAGAGGCAAAUGGAUCCGCGACUCUUUUCUUUUUUGCCAAACGAAAAGCGUGGUGGCGACGAGGAACUAGCUGGUCUAGUGGGCCACGGAAAGACCUACUAUCCAGGAGACCCGUCGACCUACGGCGUAACCGGACUCCCUUCAGCCUGUGAUAUUCUGCUGCCCCUGUCCCGCUCGACACAUCUACCCUCGAGUGGUUAUCUUGCUGCCGUUCUAGGCCGCGAACGGAGUGUCAGCACUGCGCAAUCAUAUCAGCAGGCCCAGGCACCUUGCGUUGUUGCCCCAUCCGAGCUGAGCCCCAGCUCGGGAGAUAGUCGGCCUUCCACCGCUGGGAGGGACGCUGGGCGCAGCAACGGGUUUUUGCCCACGGAGGGAUCUGGAUUAUUUGGAUCUUGCAUUGAGAACGCCGAUCCACCGGCUGGGCCACAGACACUCGACGCGCAAGAAUUUUCCGGGAUGUUGGCCCAAGAACGGACAUGUUCUGUCCUGAAGCGCAACCAGAUUGUCCAACACCUUUAUGAUGUGGAUGAAGGAGGUGUUCGCACGUAUAAACGGACCAUGCUCCAUUACAACUAAUCUUGUUUGUGUGCGUUCAUUGGUCUUUGUUUUUUUCUUCUUGACUCUCCCUUCUACUACUUAGUUCGGGUACUAUUUUUCCCUUCACAUUCCAUUGGAAUUCCAGGUCAUUGAGGCGCAUGUUUUUU